AAGAUCGAGAAAUCAUGGCAACUCAAAGGUUUAUAAACAGCAAGAAAAGAGACCGUGUUGAAAGAGACCGAGAUGAUGAACCAGAAUCACCGGCUCCCUCAAACAAGAAGAGGAAUGUUGACCGGGGUAUUGAAAGUCUUGCUGCUACGGUGCCUCCCCGUCCGCCCAUCAAGUUAAAUCGCUCUGUGGAACAUAUCAAUGAUUUGGCUGCUUCAAUGCCAGUAACAUCAAUGAGUGGAAAAAGGAAUGAUAAGC